AUGGGCAGAGUGGUGGACAGGCCAGGGGGUGCCAGGGGAGCAGGCUGUGUGCCAGGGCAGGGGGUGCCAGGGGAGCAGGCUGUGUGCCAGGGCAGGGGUUAUGGGCAGAGUGGUGGACAGGCCAGGGGGUGCCAGGGGAGCAGGCUGUGUGCCAGGGCAGGGGUUAUGGGCAGAGUGGUGGACAGGCCAGGGGGUGCCAGGGAGCAGGCUGUGUGCCAGGGCAGGGGUUAUGGGCAGAGUGGUGGACAGGCCAGGGGGUGCCAGGGGAGCAGGCUGUGUGCCAGGGCAGGGGUUAUGGGCAGAGUGGUGGACAGGCCAGGGGGUGCCAGGGGAGCAGGCUGUGUGCCAGGGCAGGGGUUAUGGGCAGAGUGGUGGACAGGCCAGGGGGUGCCAGGGAGCAGGCUGUGUGCCAGGGCAGGGGUUAUGGGCAGAGUGGUGGACAGGCCAGGGGGUGCCAGGGAGCAGGCUGUGUGCCAGGGCAGGGGUUAUGGGCAGAGUGGUGGACAGGCCAGGGGGUGCCAGGGGGCAGGCUGUGUGCCAGGGCAGGGGUUAUGGGCAGAGUGGUGGACAGGCCAGGGGGUGCCAGGGGGCAGGCUGUGUGCCAGGGCAGGGGUUAUGGGCAGAGUGGUGGACAGGCCAGGGGGUGCCAGGGAGCAGGCUGUGUGCCAGGGCAGGGGUUAUGGGCAGAGUGGUGGACAGGCCAGGGGGUGCCAGGGUGCAGGCUGUGUGCCAGGGCAGGGGUUAUGGGCAGAGUGGUGGACAGGCCAGGGGGUGCCAGGGUGCAGGCUGUGUGCCAGGGCAGGGGUUAUGGGCAGAGUGGUGGACAGGCCAGGGGUGCCAGGGGGUGGGGGCAGGCUGUGUGCCAGGGCAGGGGUUAUGGGCAGAGUGGUGGACAGGCCAGGGGGUGCCAGGGAGCAGGCUGUGUGCCAGGGCAGGGGUUAUGGGCAGAGUGGUGGACAGGCCAGGGGGUGCCAGGGAGCAGGCUGUGUGCCAGGGCAGGGGUUAUGGGCAGAUUUGUGGACAGGCCAGGGGGUGCCAGGGUGCAGGCUGUGUGCCAGGGCAGGGGUUAUGGGCAGAGUGGUGGACAGGCCAGGGGGUGCCAGGGUGCAGGCUGUGUGCCAGGGCAGGGGUUAUGGGCAGAGUGGUGGACAGGCCAGGGGGUGCCAGGGUGCAGGCUGUGUGCCAGGGCAGGGGUUAUGGGCAGAGUGGUGGACAGGCCAGGGGUGCCAGGGUGCAGGCUGUGUGCCAGGGCAGGGGUUAUGGGCAGAGUGGUGGACAGGCCAGGGGGUGCCAGGGAGCAGGCUGUGUGCCAGGGCAGGGGUUAUGGGCAGAGUGGUGGACAGGCCAGGGGGUGCCAGGGAGCAGGCUGUGUGCCAGGGCAGGGGUUAUGGGCAGAGUGGUGGACAGGCCAGGGGGUGCCAGGGGCAGGCUGUGUGCCAGGGCAGGGGUUAUGGGCAGAGUGGUGCCAGGGGUGCCAGGGGCAGGCUGUGUGCCAGGGCAGGGGUUAUGGGCAGAGUGGUGGACAGGCCAUGGGGGGGUGCCAGGGGGCAGGCUGUGUGCCAGGGCAGGGGUUAUGGGCAGAGUGGUGGACAGGCCAGGGGUGCCAGGGGAGCAGGCUGUGUGCCAGGGCAGGGGUUAUGGGCAGAGUGGUGGACAGGCCAGGGGGUGCCAGGGGAGCAGGCUGUGUGCCAGGGCAGGGGUUAUGGGCAGAGUGGUGGACAGGCCAGGGGUUAUGGGCAGGGGUGCCAGGGAGCAGGCUGUGUGCCAGGGCAGGGGUUAUGGGCAGAGUGGUGGACAGGCCAGGGGGUGCCAGGGGAGCAGGCUGUGUGCCAGGGCAGGGGUUAUGGGCAGAGUGGUGGACAGGCCAGGGGGUGCCAGGGGGCAGGCAGGCUCUGGGGUGCUUGGGGCACACGCCAAUGCAGCUGA